CCCCCACCUCCCGGUAAGAAGAUCCCGUGAUCAGCUUCAGCCACUGGCAGGCAGUCCUGGUCAUCCUCAGAGUUUACAUAAAGGGACUGUUGAAGCCCAAGAGGCCACAGUGCUGAUACAGGGCUCCCGGACAUCAUGCAUUGGUCCUUGCACCCCCGGAGUUUAAUUCUCUACUUCUACACUCUUUUAUUCCUGUCUUCAACAUGCCUAGCAUUUGUUCCCCCCACAGACAACUGCUGCAUCUCAGAUAAAAGAUUUGGUCGUUACUGCCCGACUACAUGUGGCAUUGCAGAUUUCUUGCUUAAUUACCAAACCGAAGUAGACCAGGAUCUACAGUCUGUGGAAGAAACCUUACGUAAAAUCAAAAACAACACAUCAGAAGCCAAAGAACUGAUCAAACAAAUCCAAAGCGUCGAUAAUCCUGAUGGCCUACCGAAGUCAGAUAAGAUAGAAGCUGCUGUUAAGGAAUCUCAGAAAAUGAUGGAAGAUAUUAUAAAAUUUGAAGCAUUGAUUAUAUCACAUGAAUCAAGUAUUCGAUUUUUGAAGGACAUAUAUAAUUCAAAUAAUCAGAAGAUCGCUACCUUAAAACAGAAAGUAGUCCAGCUUGAAGCAAAGUGUCAAGAGCCUUGCAAAGACACAGUCAAAAUACACGAUAUAACAGGGAGAGAUUGUCAAGAUAUUGCCAAUAAGGGAGGCAAAGAGAGUGGGCUUUACUUUAUCAAACCUCUGACAACUCAGCAGCAGUUCCUAGUCUACUGUGAAAUGGAAAAAAAUGGAAAUGGAUGGACUGUGCUUCAGAAGAGGCUUGAUGGCAGUGAGGAUUUCAAGAAAAACUGGAUCCAAUACAAAGAAGGGUUUGGACAUCUGUCUCCUACGGGCACCACAGAAUUUUGGCUGGGGAAUGAGAAGAUGCAUUUGAUAACCACACAGUCUGCCAUCCCAUAUGUAUUAAGAGUGGAGUUAGAGGACUGGACUGGCAGAAUCGCUACUGCAGACUAUGCCAUGUUCAGUGUGGGGAAUGAAGCUGACAAAUACCGCCUGAAGUAUGCCUACUUCAUGAGUGGAGAUGCUGGAGAUGCCUUUGAUGGCUUUGAUUUUGGCGAUGAUCCUAGUGACAAGUUUUUCACAUCCCACAAUGGCAUGCAGUUCAGUACCUGGGACAAUGACAACGAUAAGUUUGAUGGUAACUGUGCUGAACAGGAUGGAUCUGGCUGGUGGAUGAACAAGUGUCAUGCUGGCCACCUCAAUGGAGUUUAUUACCAAGGUGGCACUUACUCAAAGACAUCUACGCCAAAUGGCUAUGAUAAUGGCAUUAUUUGGGCCACUUGGAAAUCUCGUUGGUAUUCCAUGAAGAAAACCACCAUGAAGAUAAUUCCAUUCAACAGAGUCAACAUAGGGGAAGGGCAGCAGCACCACCUUGGGGGAUCCAAACAGGCUGGAGACGUUUAAAAGACCAUUUCAAAAGUGAAUUUACUUUUUUAAAGGACUUUAUCUGAAUGAUAAAUAUAAUAUUUUUCAUAUGGGACAAUGGACUCAUAAAGCCAUACUUCAUUUUAAGAGAAAAAAGAACCCAUGUUGAAAACUCCACUAACUGUUUUAUGUUGGUGAUAAUUUAUCUACAUGCCAUUUCAAUAAACGUUGUGUUUCCUAAGACUAAA